GUGUUUUAGUUUAAUUAAUUAUGUGUGUCGGUGUUUGAAUUCGAAGUGGAUGAAGCUUUUUGCUCUCCUCCUGCUGGGAUAAAAAAAUGGAAUUUGCUCCAAAUUGUGCUGCAUAUUAUCCCUUUGGGGUUGAUGUCUUCUUAUCUCACCGGAAAAUCAAUCACAUUGCCCGUUUUGUGCAUCUUCCUGCACUAAAUUUAUCUGAAGAAGCUCCUUCUGUUCUUGUUAGGUUAAUCAGCAAUGGGAUGGAAGGAAGCAAGGGCUUGUUUGCAGAUAACAUCACACUUUCAUAGAAAGAUUGAAAAUCUUGGGCCAAGUGGAAAAUUUAAAUGAUCUUCCUUUAAGCAAAACAGAAAAGAAGCUUAUGAAUGUUUAUAAUGACAAACCUGUUCUUUCACGCCCUCAGGUUGAAUUUUACUAGGUAACUUACCUUCUUAUGAACUUAAAUAGAUCUUUCUAUGCUAUUUUUAUCCUUGUCAAACUUCAAUUGAUUUUGUUAGUCUUUAUUUGCUUGACAAGAAAAUUUCUUCUUUCCUAAGAAAAGCAAAGUAUUAUACUGUGAAAAGAAUUGGGAUUAGAGAUUAUUUAUUUUUGUAUAAUGAUGGAAUGCAAUGGGCCAAAUGAUUUUACAU